AUGGGUUCUCCUAAUCUUUUGAUUACUUUCACAUGCAAUUCUAAUUGGCCAGAAAUCAGCAAGGGUAUAAGUUUGAUCCCUGAUCAGAAAGUUGUGGAUCGACCUGAUAUCGUUGCAUGUGUUUUUCACAUAAAAUUAGAUCAAUUGAUGAAUGAUUUAACACAUGGACAGCAUUUUGGCAAGGUGAUGGCAGAUGAUAAGUGCACUACACCAAGAGAUGUUGAUCGAAUCAUUUCAGCCAAAUUGCCAGAUAAGAAUACUAAUCCAAUAGCUUAUGAAGCAGUUUUACAAUUUAUGACACAUGGACCAUGUGGACCAGCUAAUACAAGGUCACCGUGUAUGGAAAAUGGAAAGUGCAGUAAACAUUAUCCCAAAUAUUUUCAGACCGAAACAAUAAUUGAUGAAAACGGUUUUCCAGUAUACAGGAGAAGGGACAAUGGACGAGAACGUAUUAAAGCUGGUGUGAAAAUUGAUAAUCGAUGGAUCGUUCCUCAUAAUGUUGAUUUGGUUGUCAAAUAUUGGGGACAUGUUUGUGUUGAAUUGUGCAAUCAGGGCAGGUCUAUAAAAUAUUUAUUCAAAUAUGUGAAUAAAGGAUAUGAUAGAGCCACUUUUGUCAUUGAGGAAAAUGAUGCAACUGAUGGACAGAGUGGAACACGAGUUGUUCGUGAAGUGGAUGAGAUAAAAAGAUAUCUAGAUUGCCGAUAUAUAUCAGCAUCAGAGGCUUGCUGGAGAAUUUUUGAUUUUGACAUCCAAUAUCGGAGCAUUGCCGUUCAAAGAUUAAAUUAUCAUCUUCCAAAUGAACAGCCAGUGCUAUUUAGUGAUAAUGAUCCUUUGGAUGAAGUAUUAAACAGAGCAGAAGAACAUAGUACAAUGUUCAUUGAAUGGAUGAAAACGAACUCCACAGAUACAUCUGCUCAAUAG